AUGGGUAAUUAUGGUAGUUGGCGUAUUGAUGGCGAUAACAAGCAAAUUAGUUUCUUUCUCACGGUCCUUCUGAUCAACGUCACUGCAAUGGUGUGGUACAGCAUCGUGUUGUCCAGAGAUAUCGAUGGAUCACCUAUCAAGUCGAUAGAACCACAGUCUGCGUUUCUUGGAAAAAUUCAUUUGAACCCGAUCAACAAUAUCGUGUAUAUCAAAACACAUAAGACAGCGAGCACGUCAUUGCAUUGUAUACUUUGUCGCUAUGGUUACAAAAAUCGACUGUCUUUUCUAUUUUCGAGGUUAAACAGGGAUAAUGGUCAUUUGAGGAAAACAGCUCUCCGCCCGUCACGGUUUUUACCACCGAUUGGGAACACGGGCAAUUCUUCUUCGUUUAAGUACAACAUCCUUACUGGGCACGUGACUUAUUCCAGGCGUCGGAUUGGUUCAUUCAUGGAAAGCAACCCUAAGUAUAUCACCAUUUUACGAGAACCAGCGAGACAAAUAGAAUCUCACAUGAACUUUUUCAGGCAAAGAAAACGUGUAAUGAAUGGACUUAGAUUAUUCACAGAAAACGCCACCAAAUUUGAAAACGGCGGAAAUGCCGGAAGUAGAAAUAAUCAGAUCGUGGACUUGGGAUUAACCCUCAGUGAAACAGCUAAUGAAACUAUUAUAAACGAAACAAUUCUAAAACUUGAUAAAGAGUUUGACCUUGUUCUAAUAGCCGAAUAUUUUGAUGAGUCGCUUGUGCUGUUAAAACGUAUUCUACAUUGGAGUUUUGACGAUAUACUGUAUUUAGUAAAAAAUCAACGUGGGCAUCGUGAGAAUAUUACAGAUGAUUUUCGUCCAAAAAUUUACAAGUGGUCCAGAGCCGAUGUUUUGUUAUAUCAGUAUUUUUAUGAACGGCUUUGGACGCGAAUAGAGCAGUAUGGACCCGGAUUUGAAGCUGACUUGGCUUUCUUCAGGCAUCGCCUACGUGAAAUUAACAACUGGUGUAGUACGUCACAAAAAGUAGUUGUUAACAAGGCAUAUAAAUCAAAACAACUAGAAUUCACUAGUAAAAAUAAUUCUACAUUUUGCCAGCAUUUGGCGUACUCCAGUAACGAUUGGUAUAAACAUAUAGCAAUUCGACAAGACCGAAAUGCAUUCUAA